AUGAAUUAUACACCGUCGUCAUCUUCUCCUGAUGUUCCCUCAACACCACAGUCCAGCGAAGGAAUCACAUCGCCAGAAACACAGAAAUUCACCAAAUCUCAUCCUCCACGAAAACCGUAUCAGCCACCAAUUCCAAGAUUAGCGAAAACUACAACCGUCACUUCAUCAGUAGCAUUGGUUUUAUCAAUUUCGGUGGACUGUGUUAUAUUAUGGAUUGUUCAAACAUGCAAGGUGUAUUCUACACUCUCAGAUACAGCAAACAUGCAAUUUAAUUCUUAUGAAUUCGGCAAAGUCGGAGUCCAAACAUCUCUUUUUCAUCUGAUUUCGAAACGAGGAAGAGAUAUUGGGGUUUGGGUUCAAUGGCUAAACGAGCUAGAAGCUAUUCAAACACCACACCGUUGUGAAUGGGAAGUCGUCGAAGUGGACAAUGGAUGGUCACCUGGUCUGACAGCGGAUACUGAUCACUUGGCGAAAAUACCUGACGAAUACAUCGUGAAUCAAGCAAUAGGUUUGAAACCGUUUGUUGGACAAUGGAUAAACUUCGACACUUCAAGGGAACACUUGACGAAACUAUCCAAUCCAAAAGGUCUCAAUCGCUUUUUCAUCACAGAAUAUAUGCCAAUUUCGAGUCCAAUUGGAUUUUCGAUUUGUCAAAUUGGAAGAGCGCUGAGAAUAAUAUUAACAGCGACAAUUGUGAAAGGAACCGACCACAAGUCAAUUUACGAAAUUCCAGACUUUGGAUUCGUUCUGGAUAAGAAAUCCGUCCUACGAUCUGGUGCAACUCAGCAAAUUGUGAUCGAACGGACAACGUAUAAUACACGAAAACUCUUUGGAAUUAGCUGGAAAGUGAUGGCUGCUACGAUUCUCAGAUCAACCGAUGAAAUGAUUCCGACGCAGCGAAUUAGCAUGAGAAAAGUUGCACCGUUUGGUAGUUACGAACUAUGCAGCGUAAUAUCGGGUGAACGACAAAAUGCUUCACAUCGUCAGCCACUCGGCUCGAAUACUAGCAUGAACAGUGCGAAUGGAAGGCGAGAAAACUACAAUUCGUUCGAAAUGAACAAGAAGCGACAGAGGCCAACUCAAGAAGGUCUAACGCUGGAUCUCAAUGCAAUGAUUGAGAAAAUCGAUUUCGGUAGAAAGUGUGGAAUUCUUUGGGUGUUUGAUACAAAUUCGAAUGUUCAUUUUGUUUUCCAAGAUGAUCCACCGUUUGAGUUGGGCUUGACAGUUGACGUUCAUCUGAUUUCGAUUGCCGAUGAAACUGCGAAAAAUGGUUUUCGAUGGAGUUUGAGUCGAUACAAAAAAUUACCGCCGAGAUGUAUGUGCAUGGUUGAGAAGAAUCGAUUAAUGGUUUUGGAAGAAGCAAUGUACACAGGAAACAAUGACAAAUUGGGACGAUCAAUUUUGAGAGGAAAACUGUUUUCAACGAUUAUUGAUGAGCAUAAUUUAUUCAAUCAAAAUCGAAUUCCGCCAUUUGUUGAUAUUGUUAUCAUUAUUACACGAGUCAAAGUAGCUAAUGCUUUAUAUGAUCCGACGAAAACGGUAAAUGCGGGUCUCCCUGAGAUGUUUUCGUGGGUCUUGGUACAGCUCAAUAAAUAUAUUCCACAACCACCGCCACAAGUCCUAGUUCCUUCAACAAUUAUUUCGCAUUACAUUCCGGGUCACUAUAUUCAAACUGCAGUUCAGAGUUCGGAAAAUUCAAAACCGAUGGAAGAAGUCCCAACAUCACCGAGCACCGCUGUGUCAUCAUUAUCAACUGAAUCCCAAGAAUGA